CGAGUUCGUCUUGCGCGUGCGCAGGUUCCUCAGGCAGGGUAGCACCGCUGAUAACUGUUCUCCUGAGAUGGGGAAAAGAAGCGCUCGGGUUUGGCGAAGUUGAGAAGAAAGCGGUUUGGGCAAUCACGAGCUCGCCCGAUUCCAGCAUGCGGUUCCUCGGCUGCCUAACGCGCUACGAGCGGAGAUGGCCAGAUGCAAAAGGCUACAGUUCUAUUGAAGUGAAGAACAUGGAUUACAGGAAAUCAUAGGCAACUCCUCAAAAAAGUGAAAGAAAAAGUCCAAUGGAGACCAUGAAGAUCCCAAAACUAUUCUGGGUGUUUGCAAUUUUCACAUGUGCUGCUAUAUAUGCUGUGUAUACCAAGUGGAAUUUUUACUACAGAAGAAAAGGUGUUGACAAAGGUUUGGAAAAGCAACUUAGUGCUGAGAUCUCAAGAAAAGAUGAGGCAGUUCUUUAUGGAAUUAUGUUUGAUGCUGGAAGCACUGGCACCCGUAUACAUGUAUUCCAAUUUGCACAGAAACCAAAAGCAGAACUUCCUAGAUUAAUUGAUACCACAUUCAAAGCAUUAAAACCAGGACUCUCUGCAUAUGCUGACAAUGUGGAUAAGAGUGCUGAAGGAAUAAAUGAGCUAUUGGCAGUUGCUAAAGAAACUGUCCCUAUGCAUUUGUGGAAGUCAACUCCCUUAGUUCUUAAAGCAACCGCUGGCUUAAGAUUGCUGCCAGAAAAAAAGGCACAGAAAUUAUUGGAUAAGGUAAAGGACAUUUUUCAAGAGUCUCCAUUCUUUAUAGGAAAUAAUUGUGUCUCCAUAAUGGAUGGAUCAGAUGAAGGUAUUUCAGCAUGGAUCACAGUCAACUUUUUAACAGAUAGCUUGAAUAAUCCAACGAAGAAAUGUGUAGGAAUGCUAGAUUUAGGUGGUGGAUCUACUCAAAUCACAUUUCGCCCGAGCACUGAAACAUCUAUAGAGAACUCAACUGCUGAACACAUCAUUUCAUUUAAUUUGUUUAAUACUACAUAUAAACUGAAUUCACACAGUUACUUGGGAUUUGGAUUAAUGUCGGCACGACUGGCAAUUUUAGGAGGAGUUGAAGGCCAAGCCUUGAAAGAAGGUGAAGAACUAACAAGUCCCUGCUUAUCACUUAAUUAUCAAGGUGAAUGGGAACAUGCAAAGAUAAUGUACAAAAUUAAAGGGCAGAAAACAGGAAGGCCGCUUUUUGAAUCAUGUCAUAAUGAAAUAUCAAAAGUGCUGAACAAGAAAAUUCACGAAAUAGUCAGAAUAAAGGAUUUGGAUUUCUAUGCUUUUUCCUACUAUUAUGAAUUGGCAGUAGAUGCUGGUCUAAUAGAUAAGAAAAAAGGAGGGAUCCUACCAGUCAGGAAGUUCGAAAGUGCAGCAAAGAAAGUGUGUAAAACAAUGGAGAUUCAACAAGAAAAGCAUCCUUUCUUAUGCAUGGAUCUUACCUACAUCAGUUUGUUGCUGAAAGAACUGGGCUUUCCAAAGAAUCGCAUUCUUAAGCUGGCCCAGAAGAUUAACAACAUUGAAACCAGCUGGGCUUUGGGUGCAAUUCUUCACUAUAUGGAUUCACUUCACAUGCUAUAAUAUUAGGGAUUUACUGACUGGGGAAAAUGAAUGUAGGAAAUUGGACCCGAUUGGUUCCUUUGAAAAAGGGCUACAAGUAAAAUAUAUAUAUUUUAAAUGUUGACAUCUUUCAGUAAGGGAGGCUAGUGGUUGAGUUUGAUAGUUUAAGGUGCCCAGUAUUGUCCUGGGGUCACAAACACUUUUUAGUGUCACACAUAAUCAGUAACACUUAUUCUGAAAAAAAUAAUCCAUAACAGCUAAAAGCAGAAGCAUAUCAGAAAUCAAACCAGAUUAUUAUAACAAAUAUCCUUUGAUUUAUAAUGAACAUUUGCUGAUGAGCUUUGAUUUAUUUGAUGUACUUUAUGAGAAAAGCACUUAAUCUUUAGGCAGGUAUUUUGCCAUCUUGAUGCAAGCAUAUAAAACAUCAGAAGCAAGCAACUUUUUAACUGUACCUUUGAAUGUUAGGCUGUAGGCAUUCAGAUUUUAAAAUAUGUAACAAUUUGGGGUAUUUAUUUAAAAAACUUUGUUAUGCUUUGUUAAAUUCUUACUGAUACGUAUUUAGAUUGCCUUUUGAAAAAUCAGCUUUUAAUCCUUCAGAGCCUUGGGGUACUGGUUUAUUUUGGAAGAGAUAAACUGGGCAAGAUGCCUAUUCCCACAUAGAAUUCAGUUGUUUUUACUAUUUAUUACUGUUGUUAUUUGUGAACAGUCACUAUCUGAAGCAGUUGCUAAACAAGGACUAUCUGUAUCCAAAAUUGAUGAAUCUUUUAAUAUGGGUCAUUGCAAUAGCUGAAUGAGUUUUUUGGCAUAGGCUAAAAGCAAGGCAGUAUUGGACCAUGCCAUACGUGUUUUUUGAAAUAUAUUAAUUAGCUAUAAAAUGCUUGUAGAAGAAAUUUUUGAUUGUACAAAUGUGUAUGAAAGCCAGAAAGCUUCCUACUCCCAACAUUUAUGCUUAUAUCUGAGAGAUAAUCUGGAAAUUCAGAAAAAAUGCUUGAAUGUUCCAAUAAUGAUUAUGUGCAUUUGUUUAAUUUUGGUUUAAAUAUUAGAUGAUGUUUAAAAUAAUAUGAAUGUUCCAGAUUUUGUAUAUAUCAAUUCAAUAAAGUGUUUGUAUAUUUAAGGUUCCUUUAGCUAUUAAGAAAACUUCAAAUAAAUUUUUAAAGUAUCA